AAUACCUACCGAGGAGCAGAGACGAAAAGGAAUAUCUUUAAUUGUUUUUUUUUUCCCACCUUUUGACUCAGACUAUUUGGAUCAUUUGUUGAAACCAUCAAAGGGGGAGUUGAAAGAAACAAGUCAUCUGCAUAAUUUCUUUUACAUUUUCCCCUCUACCUUUUUCCCUGGGAGAGACGGACUUCUAAGUGAAUCAUUAUGUUGAACAAUAUGGAUUUGAAUGCUAAAGAUUCUUUUUACCCUCAGUUUGAGAAUUGCAACAGUUCUUCUCUGGGGAUGGAAAACAACGCGCGGAAAGAUAACCAGGAGGUGUAUGUCGAUGCAGAGCGGGGGGUACCUGCCCAGUUUGGCCACGAAGGAGCUCCCGCAACCCUUAAAACCGAAGCUUCCAACUCGGAAUUUGCUUUUAACCCCUGCGAGUGCCCAAAAGAUACCUACACCCCCUCUUCGCUCGCCUACUCUGGCAGUUUCUAUGUUGAGGCAUCUCAGGGAGCGCCGUGCAGCACCGAAACACUUCUAAAUAUGAUCACUGAGAUUGUGGGGAUAUCUACAUUGCCACUUUCAGAAAUGCAACAGAGUGCCAACAGUCGGGGAACUUAUCCGUCGCCUGCGCCGAUGGAGAACAGCACUGGCAAUUUUGGAGACCCCGGUGUAAAGAGGCAACCGUACACCUGCUCUCCCCCCGUGUACACUCCAGACCAGACGUGCCCGAGAUAUGCUGACGAUCAGGCCGGUAGCCAGGCCCAAGAGCCGUCCACCUCCCAGCUGGGCUUCGGCGGCUCCUCCCGAGCUCCAAAUCAGAAAAAGGCUGAACCAAAGUCAGAGGCCGCGUCUUUUCCUGUGGUGGUCAAGAAUGAGUUUGAAAGCAGCUGCUACGAAUGGGGAACGUUUAAUAAGUCUGACUGUUUGGAGACGGGUUUCCAGUCUGAAACCUUCCCAAUGUCAAAUGACUUCCCCCCAGACCAGCAAGUGGACGUAAAGGAACUUUUGGACACAUUCCCCCCAAUUUGUCCCAACCCGGAGAUGGAGUUUAAAGUGGAGGGAGGUAUCAAACAAGAACCGUGUUUCUCUGACACCUGUUCUCAGAGCUACUCUAGUCCUCUGUAUAAUAAUUACCUCCCACCUCCAAUGGGCCUCUCCUCAAACCUGAAACCAUUCCCCGAACCCUCACAGCCAUCGAAUCAGUGCGACUCCUUAUACACAUCACCAGCUCUACCCAGCACCAUAGACUCAAUCCUCUACUCUUCCUUGUUGCCAGAUUCUUUCGCCCAAAGUUACACCCCUCGUGCAACCAAACCCCCAAGGGCCAGAAAGAGCCCCGCCGCUUCCCACGGUCCUGCCAAAGAGAAACCCUUCACCUGCCCCAUGGAGAGCUGCGACCGGCGCUUCUCUCGUUCAGAUGAGCUGAACCGUCACAUCCGCAUCCACACGGGCCACAAACCUUUCCAGUGCCGCAUCUGUUUGCGCAGUUUCAGUCGUAGCGAUCACCUCACUACCCACACCAGGACUCACACUGGGGAGAAGCCGUUUUCCUGCGACGUCUGCGGUAAACGGUUCGCCCGGAGCGACGAACGGAAACGGCACGGACGCGUACACCUGAAACAAAAGGAGAAAAUGGAAUUAAAGCCACAGGUUUCCACCGGUACAUGGCCCUUCACUCUUCCCGAGGGAAUCUGAAGAGUGAUAACGCCCC